AUGAGCAUCCCAGAUGAUUAUCUCCGAGCCUGUGAGGGAGGUGAUCAUUUGGCUAGAGACAAAUUGCGUCAUGAUGUCUUGAUUAAACGUCUGGACAUAUGUCUCUCAGCACUGAACUGUGUGGAAUCUGUACAGCCAAUUUGUGUGAUGAUCAUGAAUUUGAAAGGGCAGCUCUCCAAAAUUGGUAUUUAAACAAAACAUCUUUAUAUAAAAUGUGAUUAUAAUACAUAUUAAGUAUAUUGUUAGUAUCCUCCCCUUUAAUAUACCAUUGCCUAUCAACCAAUCAAACAUCAGGAUUCACAAUAUACAUGUAACAUAGCAAGUUUUUAAUAAUUGAUAAAAGAUUAUGAUAGUUUUGAGUUUUGAAUUCUAAAGUAUCAUGAGCUAUCAUGUGCCCUUUCACCAAGGCUAAUUACAUAUAAGAUGCUUUUAUAUUAAAGGUAUACUUAACAAUUAUUCUUUGAAAUCGAGGUGAAUAGUGGCAAAAUAUAUUUACCGAGCCGCGAAAGCGGCGAGGUAAAUAUUCCCAAAGCCACUAUUCACCGAGAUUGAGAAGAAUAAUUGUUUUAGUAUAUACACACGAAGUGAUCUCAACAAAAUCAGAAAGGAAACCAUUCAAAAGUAGGAUUUGAUUGACAGAUCAAAUCACGCGUAAGUUUAAAAAUAGAUCUUUGCAGAAUUUUCAAACAUGGCAAUUCACAAGUUUACUCAUUUCGCAAACAACAGCGUAAUGGCUUCAAUGGAAUCGCUAAAAGUUUGAACUGUUUCCUUACCUGAGAAAAAAAGUAGAGCUGUGUUGUUUUCUGUUGACUCGCCAAGUUUAUAGCCAAAAGGGCAUGUUGUGUCGUUCUUCGCAUGAAGUGCUGACAAAAAUGGCGGCUCGGUUGCUCGAGGUAAGAGGUCGUCUUCCUGUAUCAUUCUUUUUCCUGUUUACUUGAAAUGUAGAAUUUCUGCAAACAUUUCCUUUUAAAUUUGUUUGUCAUAAAUAAACUUCGAUUUUUGAGCCAAAAUUUUCUUAGAAAACGCUGAGUUCACGAAACGGCUUCUUCUACGCGAAUACACGGAAGUUGUAAACAAUCCAUCGAGCACAAAACUCCUGCUACAGUAAAUUGAAAAACGCCGUAUUGAAUCCUUCCAAGUCUUUUCUUGCCUUAAAAAAAGUCAGCCCUAGGAUUUUGUCGACUUUUAAAAGAUCGUUCUCUAAAAAAAACGGGAAAAACACCGAGCUCACACAUUAUCCACUCGCUAGGAGGUGAAUAUUGUUGAAUAGUCCGAGAUAGCGAACCAAUCAGAUUGCUUAAAUCACCAAGAUCACUGAGUGUGUAUAUACUAAAGUUUAUUAUUCUUAAAUUUGUCAUAGCUGAGAUGCUUGCACAUCAUGAGGUACUUUCUGCUGAAGCACAGAAUACAUCCUACUCUGCAGCUACUGCAAGCUGUAAAGAAAUUAGAAUCCAUCUUGAGACCAGUCGUCUGCCUCAACACAAGUUAGUUCAAGUUAUUUUAUAUAUUAUAUAUGUUGUGGUUCAAAUUUUUCCUUGGUUUAAAUUUUUUUAAACUAAUUUGAUCUUCAUUUUCCUUUGUUCAAGAUUAUGAUAAUGAAUACAAGAUUAAGAAAAAUCAAAAACUGGUUUGAAAAAUUUAAAAACAAGGAAAAAUUUGAACCACAACAUAUCUAUUGUAAUUGUGAAUUACAAAUUAACAUUUACUGUUGUGUAUCUGUAUACAGUGCACUGUAAAGGGUGCAAUAUUAAAUUAAUGAUGUUCUUUUUGAUAAUAUCCCAUAGACCUAUUGACAUUCAAACAACUGAUGCUGGCCCCGGGGUUUCUACAAAUGAGAAGAUGAGCCAACUUCGUCUAGCUGAAUGUUUUAUGAUCAAUGGGCUGGACCUCCAAGCUAGGUUUCAUUAUGCACCA